AUGAAAAGAGGGUUUGAAGUAGUUCAAGGAACCCUCGACUUAAUAACCCAACCACAUGAUCAACGAUGGCGCCAAUACACCACUCUUGGACUGCCUACCGUUGCUGAUUCUCUCUCUUACCAUCAAAAGCCAAUCACAGAAAACCGGUGCAUGACCAUGGAGAGGAAUGAACUCUCCGAGUGGGUUGAACAUGUCACAAAGCAGCUCAUCGAAGACUUGCCAGAAACUGGCACAGAAAGCUUGCAAGCCGAGGCAGCAAUGGUGUAUGCGGACAAUAUUGUGGUCCCAUCACUGUUGGAUGAGUUGAGACCGCGGAAAAUUACAAGGAGAAGCUAUUUCGAAGGCAAUAAUAAUGGAGGACAAGUCCAAUGGUGCAAUGAGCUUGGAGCUCAGCAUACUAGUAACUUUAGUAAUGAUCAGAACGGAGUGAUUGCUAAAGGAUUGAGUAGGUUAGAUGAGCAUGGUUUGAGCUUAAUCACACUUCUCCUAGAGUGUGCAGUGUCUAUAUCAGUUGAUAAUCUAGGUGAAGCUCAUAGAAUGUUGCUUGAGCUUACCCAAAUGGCCUCCCCUUAUGGGGCUUCUUGUGCUGAAAGAGUUGUGGCCUAUUUUGCAAAGGCCAUGUCUAGUAGGGUCACUAACUCUUUGCUUGGGAUUUGCUCUCCUUUGAUCAACCACCAGAGUAUUCAUGCUGCCUUCCAAGUCUUCAACAACAUCUCCCCUUUCAUCAAAUUCGCGCAUUUCACCUCUAACCAAGCCAUCCUCGAAUCAUUCCACAAGCGCAAUAGGGUUCAUAUCAUUGACCUUGAUAUCAUGCAGGGCUUGCAAUGGCCGGCACUGUUUCACAUCCUCGCCACACGUAUUGAGGGUCCCCCACAUGUUAGGAUGACCGGAAUGGGCACUUCAAUGGAGCUUUUGGCGGAGACAGGGAAGCAACUCUCGAAUUUCGCUAGAAGGCUCGGAAUGCCCUUUGAGUUCCACCCUGUUGCCAAGAAAUUUGGGGACAUAGACAUGUCAAUGUUGCAAAUACGUAGAGGAGAGACCAUAGCAGUGCAUUGGCUGCAGCACUCGCUAUACGACGCCACUGGACCGGAUUGGAAGACAAUGAAGCUCUUCCAGGACUUGGCUCCAAGAGUGAUUACCUUGGUGGAACAAGACAUGUCACAUGGAGGGUCAUUCUUGGACCGGUUUGUGGGGUCUCUCCACUAUUACUCCACCAUUUUCGACUCUCUUGGAUCCUUCUUGCCUAGUGAUGACCUGAGCCGCCAUAAGGUUGAGCACUCCCUCCUCUACAGGGAGAUCAACAAUAUAUUGGCCAUAGGAGGACCGGCUCGGAGUGGGGAGGACAAGUUCAGGGAUUGGAGAAGUGAACUUGCAAGGAAUUGCUUUAUUCAGGUACCAAUGAGUGGGAACUCAAUGGCUCAAGCACAACUUAUACUCAACAUGUUCCCUCCUGCUCAUGGUUAUAGCCUUCUACAAGGUGAAGGAACACUUAGGCUAGGGUGGAAGGAUACUAGUUUGUACACUGCUUCUGCUUGGACCUCUUCAAACCCUCCUAGAUAA